AUGCCGACGUCGAACCCAUCCUCACCCCAACCGCCGACGUCUUCUGGAGCACCACCAGCCGAAAAGUCGAAACCGUCUCCACUCAUUGACCAUCGUUCGGUUCGGGAGGCAUUGAUGAGUCCUACAUCGGCUCCUUCGAUGGUGAAAAGAGAGUUUUCUCCUUCGGUAGGAUUUGAUGUCAGAUCAGACGGUCUCUCGGCGCUCUCCGUCGUCGGCACCAUGAUGAUGAAGCACGAUGCUUCAUCGGGUGGACCACCUGGAUUCCCAGACUUUGACUACAUGAACAUGAUUCAGCAGCAGCCACUUCAUUUGGCUGCUAUCGGUCGUCAUUCAUCUCAUGGAUCGGAGCGUCACUUGUCGACAGAGAGCGCUAUGAAUCAGGCUGCAGCUCCGAUUCCAACUACGAAACGGUCGCGUUCUACACACGACGGACUUAUGAAGUGUCAAUUUUGCCCGAAGAAAGUGGAUAGUGAGGCGGCGCUUGAUCGGCAUAUGGCUGAGUGCCGGAUGAUUCGUCCGCAUGAAUGUGAUGCGUGUCACAAACGGUUCAAGGCACGUGGUGGUCUCCAGCAGCACAUGAGAAUUCACAGUAAGGAGAAGGCGUACAUCUGCCAGUUCUGUACGAAGAGCUUCACUCAGAAGAGCCAUUUGGAUCAGCAUGAGCGGAUUCAUACAGGGAUCAAGCCAUUCCUGUGUACGUUCUGUGGUCGUGCUUUCCGUCAAAGAUCUCAACAAAUCGGACACGAGGCCACGCAUAUCAACCACUUCAACUCGUCCUCCGCUCAACAGACACCAUCUCAAGGAGGUCAAACAACUCCUUCUUCAUCGUCUUCCACCUCUUCUGGUGGUUCUGAGAAGAGAGAAGGAAAUGCGCAGAAUGGACAAAUGCUUCUCCAUCCGUCUCCACCCACUCCGUCGCCAGAGCAACAGAACCAUUUGAAUAUGGCUGCUGCUAUGAUGCAACAAAUGCACCAUCAUGCUUCUCAGAACGAUCUUUCCUCUCUUUUGGCUCUUAACCAUGAAUUCGUUCAUCAGAAUAUGCACCAAAGCCAGGGAGGACACCAUCAAUUUGGUCAAUCGGCUGCUGAAGCUACCGCCAACGGAAUGAGAAUGCUCAGUCACAUUGCUUCCUAG